AUGUCCAUCUUGUCGUGCCGUGUGUUGUUUCUGUUGGCCAUUGUGCUCUGCUGUGUUGGUGUGGCUCAUGCUACUUCAGGUCACGCAGAAUUUGUUAAGGAAGCACAAGAGAAGUUUAGGGAGACUUUGAGACUGAAUGAGGAGUGUGAGAAAGUCGCAACCUCCACAGAAGACGCCGCGCAUAAAGCUCAAGCAUUUGCUGAAGAAAUUUUAUUAUCACUCCAAAUAAUUGCUGCUGACCCAGAAGAGGUGAAGAAAAGGAAGAGUGAAGGUCGUGAAUUCAUCGAUAAUACAACACAGGCUGCAGCUGAAGCAAGAAAAGUGGCCAGUAAAACUUCAGAAAGUGCAGAGGAAACUUUCGAAAAAGCCACCCUUGGUCUUCUACGAGAAAAUGCUGAGGCGGCAUUCAAAGCAGUUGAAGAUGCAGACAAAGCGGUACAUGCUGCUAACACUGCUAUCGAAAAUGCGGAAACUCAUGCUAAACGUGUGGAGGAGGCAAUUAACCAACUCGACGCCGCAGUUGUUGCUGCCAAGAAGAAGGAAGAAAAACAGUUGGAGACUCAGCAGCACCCACAGACAAAGGAAACUUCUCUUGGUGAGCAGCAAGGCCAUACAGACGGAAAUAAGACGGAGCAAACACAGGAGAAACAAAAAGAGAAACAAAAACAGCACUACCGUUCUACUUUUACUAUUAAUAUCCACGGAGAUAAUCUCGAUGCCUUACUCAAUGGUGCAGCGAAUAACAGUGGUAUGGCAUUAAAUGACGGCAGCAGCAGCCCU